AACAUUAAUUUCAUUUUGUAGGAUGGCACAGUUCCACCUUCUCGACCCGUUCUACGACGAGAGCCACCGGGGGCGCCUUCUGUCGGAAGGCCAGGACCUAGCAACGCUUCGUUCUAGGACACACAAUGGGUUCCUAGACAUGGUGUUCGACGACAGGUACACUAAUUACCUCAGACGAGCAGGUCUAGAUGUAAUAUCUUACCAGUUACGACGCGGGUUGCCUACUAUUGAUUCGGCGGCCAUUACUGCACUUGUGGACAGGUGGCGUCCUGAGACACAUAGUUUUCAUCUUCCUUUUGGUGAGAUGACAGUCACAUUAGAGGAUGCACAGAAGAUACUUGGACUCAAUGUUGGUGGCAGAGCAGUGACAGGCCAAUGUGACUCUGACGGAUGGAGGGCUAGAGUUGAGGCCUUUCUUGGUAGGGAGCUUCCUGCUGAGGGCGUUGAACGGACUGCUGGAGUAGGCAUCACAUGGCUCCGUCAGUCUUUUGGUGUGUGCCCUGCUGAUGCUGAUGAGGCUACAGUCCAGUUCUAUUGUCGAGCUUGGAUCUUGCACAUGUUUGGUUGUGUCCUCUUCCCAGACGCCACAGGAGACUGCGCGUCUUGGAUCUUGCACAUGUUUUUCAUCCUCUCUUUGUCCUCUGCAUCCCACUUUUGAAGAUUCUCCAGCCACUUCUUAUCUUUCUCUGA